AUCAAAUCAAAUUAAAAUAAAUAAACCCAAAAAAUGGGUAUUUCCCACACAGAUUGGCCCAUUUAGCACCAACCCAUCGAGAGUAAAAUAUUGAAUAUCCCCUUCAUUUUCUCUCUCAAUCUCUCGCAAUCCUCAUCGGCCGGCAGCUGCUAAUCGGGAAAAAAAUGUCGUCGAGGCAGCAGGUCAAGGCGUCGCACAUACUGAUAAAGCACGAGGGAUCCCGCCGGAAAUCCUCCUGGAAGGACCCCGAGGGCCGUCGCAUCUCGGCCACCACCAGGGACAGCGCCGUCGCCCAGCUCAAAACCCUCCGCGACGACAUCCUCGCCGGCAAGGCGAGGUUCGACGACGUAGCUUCUCGAUUCUCAGACUGCAGCUCGGCCAAGCGCGGCGGCGAUCUCGGUCCUUUUGGCCGUGGUCAGAUGCAGAAACCAUUUGAAGAAGCUGCAUUUAGUUUGAAGGUUGGUGAAAUCAGUGACAUUGUCGACACUGAUAGCGGUGUUCACAUUAUUAUGAGAACAGGUUGAUAUUUGGCAGUCUAAUAUACCUAGUGCUUGAAGUUUGAACUACAAGAAAAAGCCAAAAUGAAGACCUUAUUAUGCUUGUUUGUGAUGCGCUUUUAACUUCUGUUUUCCAUUUUCACCAAUCUCCACACUCUAGCUGUCAUAAUUAUAUUAACCUUCAUUUGCUGUGGGAAAUUGUACGACAUUCUCUACUUGGGCUCAGUUGUGGAUAAGUUCACUCUUUUCUAAAGAGUGAAACCAAACAGCUGGAUUUGAGAUUCAUUAUAACUCGUUCUAAAUAUGGAUUUGAUGUGCUUGGCUAUUUUGACAGCUUGUUGGAAAUGUUUGCCCAUACUUUUAUGUCCUUGUGAAUUCUUUGUUGUGAAAUGGAUGAUGGUAUCACCAAAUAUCUGAAGGUGGGUACCGUCAGCUCGUAUUCGAUGCUUUGAUUAGUUCAAAUUUUGAAACGAUGUGGGAUAUUCCCUGUAGUUUAUGUUCC